AUGGAUUCGGUCUUUUACAUAUCACUGUCUUACUCCAUCACUUUUAAGAAACAACAGAAUAAUAGCUUGACAAAUCACUGUCUUUUACAUAUCGUUGUCUUACUCCAUGAAGAAGUUGGAGAGCCAACGUGUUCUCGUGGUGGAGGAGAUCUGACAUGUUGCGGCCAAAAUGAGAAUGUUCCAGUUGGUGUAUCAUGGAAUGGAAGAGGAAAAAUAGAACCAGUCCAACGUGCAAUGACAAGAAACGCACGACGGGGUGGGAAAAUAUGGGUACGUAUAUGUUCUGCCAAACCCAUUAACCUAAGACCUACAGAAACAUGUAUGGGUUCAGGGAAGGGAUCUCCCGAAUAUUGGGUACAUGUCGUUAAACCGGGCAGGAUACUUUAUGAAAUGGGCGGAGUAGGAGACUUGCUAAUUGUCCGAAGUGAGAAGCAAAAAUACUAUGAUAAAGACGUUCCUCCGUAA